GAUGAACGAAAAUUGCGAAACUUGACACUCAAGAGAAAAAAUUAAUAAUAAGAACGGAGAAUAUGCAGAAGCACCAGCAUGGUGCUCCCGUGUCUACCAAGAUUUCCUUCCUCGAUUGCAUCGAUCUUUCCACCCCUGAUAUCCAGCAAUCCUUUUCCCUUACAAACAGUAGGAGACUAUAAGGAGAGGGGUAUUACAUUGGAAUUGAAGUCCCCGAAGAUGAUCCUGAAGCUCCCAGUGUCUGGUCUGCCGAUGAUAUUUUGCCUGGUUUGAGGCGGGCUACGUAGAAGUUUCAUCAACAACCACUGUAAGUUCUUGCAAACAUAUUUGAAAGUAUUAAGGAUAUUUGUGAGUCACAGUUAUUUAUUCAUGACAUGAAGUGCGAUGUAAACCCUACACAUGCACAUGAUUACAUGUCAUGCAAGGACAUUGGGUAUUAGACAUUUAUUGCCUUCAAAUUCAGAACAGAGCCCAUUUAUCGUUUGGACUUUUCAUAUGAUACGAAAAUGGCCCCUAAAAGAAGCUAAGCCAACCACAAAAUUUACUCAACAGAAAUCGCCAUGACCUGAACAACAAAACUGACCAAUUGCUAAAUGUGCCUCAUUUGCAAUUACCCUGCGUUUUGAACACAAAAUCCAGUUUAAGGAGACAGUUAUCUAUAGCAGUUGGAAACUGAAGUUUGAACUUCCUGGCAAAGGGCAAGGGAGAGGACUGGAGAUGGAUCAUUUCUUUCAACAGCAAUUCCUGCAAGGUGAUGUCUUCUGCUAUGCGAAUGGUCCUGUAAAUCAAAGUGCUUUUGUGCCAUAUAUAUGCAGACCUUGGGGUGGAAGCGAAGUUGGGGUAGGGAGUUCUUCUAUGGGGGUAUAUCCUACUAACAUGAACAGAAGAAUGAUAGAAUUCAUGAGGAGAAGUUUCACGGUAAAGAUUGAAACUCAAGAACCUGAUAGCAAACGAUGUUAUCGUCAUAAGAUGAGUGAGAGAUUGAGGAGACAGAGGGAGAGAAAUGGUUACUUGGCUCUGCAUUCUUUGUUACCCCAUGACACCAAGAAAGAUAAGAACUCGAUUAUGCUAAUGGCAGCAAAGAAGAUUCAAGAGCUGGAGAUGUACAAGGAGAUGUUGAAGAGGAGAAAUGAUGAGAUUGAAGAGAGAUUGGCAGCAAGUGGAAUCAGAAAUGUUGAGAGUACAAAGAUUAGAAUUGAAGUAGCCAAUCCAACAUCAGGGGUGGAUCCUAUGAUAGAUGUUCUCAAGUGCUUGAAGAGUUUGGGAACAAAAACCAGAAGCAUUCAAUCACAGUUUUCUGAUCAGGAACUUGUGGCAGUAAUGGAAAUUGAAACUAAGAUUGAAGCUGCUGAGAUAGAAAAUGCGGUGAAAAGGACACUAGCAUGAUAUUGACAAGAAUUCCCACGCCGUUUCCUGGAAGGUUAGAUAGAAGCCAAAGGAGAAAACCAAAACAAACGUGAUCGUAACACCAGUCAGCUUGACUGUACAGUUUCGACAGAUUGUAAAGUAAUUGAGGUUAACAACGUUGAAUAUCACUGACUGGUUAGCUUCUCGAUGGUUGAAUUGUCUUUGAACUUUGAUUGACUAAAAUAAAAGCUUGAAAGACUUUUAUUUGCGGCUA